UAAAUAUAAUUUAAAUAAAAAGUUACUUUUAUCUUAAUUUUCUAUUUAAUUAAAUAAAAUUUAUAUUAAAUAUUGGUAAGAAAAUAAUAAAAUCUAUUCAUAAAAUUUUAUUUUUAAAUAUAAUUUAAAUUAAAAAAAUUAUUAUUGCAAAUGCAGGAAAACACCUAGUCGCCCGUAUAUUCUUGUAAGUUUGCAAGUAUAAAAUACUAAGUUAGAAGAAAUUUGUUUGACUGUCGGUAUUGAUUCAUGAUCAUAUAUAUGUAACAAUGGUCAAGCUGGUUCUAGUUCAACAGUAAAUUUCACUUUAAACUGUGGAUUAAUAGCAUGUAAUGCAUUUGUCAUUAUGCGUUCAUUAGUUAGUUUUUAAUGGCAUUUGUUUUUUUAGGUGGAAUAUUUAUCAAAUUCAUCAUUAAUGUUUCCAAGAAAGAAUACAAAAACCCACAAGUCAAAGUAUGAAUUAACUUUAACACAUGUGGAUAAGUACAUCAUUACUUAACUAAGCAUGUUACUUACUGUUAAUGACAUUGAUUUCCAAUUUAAACUUUAUAUAAAAGAAUAAAUAUCCAAUCUAUCUAUCUGUCAGGACCUCAGGAAGAUCCACUUGAGUUCAGUGACGUCUCCACUAAACCACUCAACAAAGCGCGUGACGAUCAUGAUCCAAAUCUCUCAUAACCAGCAAAACAAAAAACACUCAAUAAUUCGAAAACACAAACAAAAAUGGAAAAUCACAACUGGACCCAGCUAUGCAUACCGGCGUUACCCAAUUUCGGAACAUAAAAGCCAAACCAAAACGUAACCGAACCAAACAUAACAUCUCAAAAGUCAAAACGUUCUAAACAAAAUAAACCAAUGUACUAAGUUCAACUUACACCCAUCGGUUAGUAGUAUAUACUUAUACCCAUCAGUUACCUCAAAUUAUGACAAAUUCGGGUAAUAUUGAACCGGUAUCCGGUUUAGUCGGUCCAACUCCAUUCUAUCAAUUCCAUCACACAUAAAUAUAUAUACAUCUCUUUACCCCAUUUCUUCCAACACAACCUCUCUCACCCUCCGUCAAUGGAGAAAACCGUAGCUACUUCCCACACCAAACGCUCCUCUCCGUCACCUUCCACCACCGUGACCGCACGCUCCGGCGGUUUCACUCGCAGAAUAAGACAGAGAUUGUCAAAUGCAACGACGAGUGUAAGCGAGAGUGACGUAGAAGAUGAUGAUGAAGAAGGAGUCGAGGAGAAGAUUGAGACUCUUCAGACAAUAGUUCCCGGAGGAACGGCGCUCGAAGUCGACGAGCUGUUUGAAGAGACGGCGAGUUACAUUUUGGCUCUGCAGUGUCAGAUCAAAGCCAUUAAAGUUCUCACUGCGUUUCUUGAGCGUUGUGACCAGAAUGAUGAUAUGAAGUUUGGAGGUUGAAGAUUAACACAAACAAUAUGGAGUUCUCCCAAAUCAUUAAAAGAAAAAAAAAUUCUCAUUUAUUUAUUUAUUUUAUUUCACUUUAAUUUUUAUUUUUAUUUUUGAUUGUGACUCACUGGUUCCUAGCUCGAGUUCAUAAUUUUAUCUGAUGUUUUUUUAUAUAUUUCGAAUAUUGAGGAAAACCGAGAAAAUCUAUACAUUUUCUUUCAAAA